AUAUAUUAUUGCCUUUGGUGAGCAAUAUUUUUCCCUCCCUCCCCAAUAAUUUGUACUAAAAAAAUCAGAUAUUCUCUCUCACAAGAACUGAUCAUCUAGCCGGCCCCAUCUCUUCCUGCACCCCGUUCUGUGAUGCUGGGCUCCUGGAAAAUACAGGUUCGGAGGGAACUCUACCAAAUUGUGGUGGCCAAUUUAUGUGCCUUUUGCAGUAGAUAGUGCAGAUCUUCAUGAUAUGAUUGUCCUUGCUUUCCUUGUGGGCUUUGAUUCUCAGCUGAAAUAGUUAACAGUGUGGCCGUGUUUAAUGUGUCGACCUCGGAGUCUGAGGUCAACAUGCCAUUUGGGAUGAAUGGAGCAGUUCGUGCAUCUAAGAGCUCCUGUGUCGGGCACUGAUAAUGGCACCAGUUAAAUUUCUUUCACCUUUUUUCUUUGCCAUCGUUGUUCCAGGGGCUGGUGACCUUCGAGGAGGUGGCUGUGUACUUCACUGAGGGGCAGGGGGCUCUGCUGGACCCCAGUCAGAGAGCCCUCUAUAGGGAUGUCAUGCAGGAGAAUUAGGAGACAGUGACCUCACUAUGGCGUCUGAUUUCUAAGCCCAACAUGAUCUCCCAGCUGGAGCGAGGGGAAGACCCAUGCAUCCCAGACCUCCAGAGCUCAGAGAAAAGGGAGAGUCCAGGGGGUACCUGCACAGGGAAUGACUCGCAUUUGGGGUUUCUCUCUGUCCCUGCAAGUGACUUGACGGUGGCUGAGAACAAGGAGGAGAAUUCUCAGCAGGAAGGCCCUGAGCCAGCGGAGCCUCAUGGGACAGUGUCAAUAAAAUCAGAGGGGAAUGUGUCCCUAAGCCUGGAACGGGGGGAAUUGCAUGGGAUGCCAUCAGUAAAAACCGAAGGGAACUUUUCACAGAGUUGUGAGCAGGGAAAAGUCUGUGAACCUCAGUGUGGAUCAGAAAGGCUGCAAGAACACCAGCUGGGGAUGAGUCAGGAUAAAUCCACUCAUGAUGUGGGAGGUUUGGAGGAACUCAACAAAAGCAUAACCCAGCCGAGCAGCCUGGUGGGGGAGAGACCCCACAGGUGCACUGAGUGGGGGAAAAGCUUUAGUUGCAACUCGCGCCUUAUCCGGCACCGGAGGAUGCAGACGGGGGAAAAACCUAUAGCUGCGCCGACUGCAGGAAAAGCUUCAGCCACGGUUCCGCUCUCGUCCGGCACCGGAGAACCCAUGCGACAAGUGCCCCGACUGCGAGAAAAGUUUCUGCAGCAGCUUGGCGCUCACCAGCCAUCGCAGGCUGCACAUGGGGAGAAACCCUACGCCUGCUCCGCGUGCGGGAAGAGCUUUAGCUGCAGCUCGUCCCUCGUGACGCACCGGCAAGUCCACACAGGCGAGAGACCCUAUCCCUGCCUGGGCUGCGAGAAGAGCUUCCAGCAGAGAUCCAACCUGGUUGUGCAUCAGAUACUCCACUGUGUGAAUAGACCUUACAAAUAAACAAACGCCCGUCCCAUCCCCAGAGCAUUUGCAGUUCUCAGGAAUGUCAGGGGGCAUUCGGUCACCGGCUGCCUGUCUCUGGGGUCAGGAGACAGCAGUAGCCUACUCCAGCCUGAUCGGUACUGCUCUCUGGCUCGGCAGGCGGAGGAACAGAGACCCCGUUUGGCUCCGCCUUCCUGCUGCAGCCCCAGCUUCUAAGUCCUUUGCUUCAUGGCAGGGGAGGAACAAGAUCAUCCCAGGCACAGAAGGCAGAUGGGAGGGACUCCCCUCCCUUCUCUAUCCAUGGAGAGGGAUACUCCAGCCAUGUCUCGCUCCAGAGACCUGUGCCUAGCUUCACCCAGCACCUGGGCUGUGAUCCCCACUCUGGUUUCCCCAAAUAGUCGUGGUUGACCAAGGGCUUGUCUACAUAGGGAAAGAGACCGGAACAGCUAUUGCCAAAUGAUUUUGGAAGUAGAUUAAACUAAACCACAAAAAGUCACUCUUGAUAUGGUAUAAAAGCAUCCGCACAGGGAAUUACUGUAGAGUAGCUCUUGUGCUUUACAUCCAUACCCUAGCUUAUUUGGAAUAACUUCCCUGCGUAGACAAGGCCUUAGAAAGUUGCUUCUAAGUUUCCCUGUCACAGGUGAUCAAU